CACGUCAUGUUGAUCCCACGUAAAAUCAUUAAGCAUUUUAAAAUGGGCGCUACUUUGUAGAAAUCCUGUCUAUUUUCGUCGCCCGUUUGUUCAUGUAGAAUGUCUAGAAGGCUUGCUAAUGGCUCCCUACGAAAAAGACAAACCACUGAGCAGUUUGAUGUCGCCUGCAAGGUGAUGUUGCUUGGUGAUUCGGGUGUUGGUAAGACAUGUUUACUGGUGCGAUUUAAGGAUGGUGCAUUUCUAUCUGGAGCCUUUAUAUCAACUGUUGGCAUCGACUAUCGUAACAAAGUGGUUGACAUUGAGGAUACCAAAGUCAAACUGCAGAUUUGGGAUACUGCUGGACAAGAACGUUUUCGAAGCGUAACCCAUGCAUAUUAUAGAGAUUCUCAUGCAUUAUUAUUACUAUAUGACAUUACAAGCAAGCAAUCAUUUGAUAACAUCAGGGCAUGGCUUUCUGAAAUCAAAGAUUACGCCCCCAACAAUGUUGUUGUAAUGUUGCUAGGAAACAAGUCAGAUAAAUAUAAUGACAGAGCUGUUAAGAAAGAAGAAGGGGAACGUCUUGCUGAAGAAUAUAAUGUUGCUUUUAUGGAGACAAGUGCAAAAACAGGAAUGAACGUUGACUUGGCUUUUAUGGCUAUUGCAAGGGAGUUAGCCUUUGAACAUCAAAAAGUAAAUGGGUCAUCGAAGUUUGACAUGAAGAAAUAUGUGAAUGAUAAACGAGAAGGAAACGGUUGUUGCUAAUGUUGAAAAGUAACAUGAAUGUGCCUGGGUCUUGUCACUAACACCUGUCUAGCACAUGGUGUAUGUGAGUCUUGAAUAUCAUUUUAAUGAUUCAUCAUUUUCACCGUGGUUUCACCUCAAUUGUCUGCUGCAAAGAUUGAUACUUAUCUGUUGAAAACAGAACUCAAAUAUCCUCCUAAAUCAUAGAAUUAACUUUGAGGUAUGAAUUAGUGACAUUUUGUUGCUUUCAUAUGCUCAUUUCUUUGUAAAAUGUCUUUACGUAUAAGUACAAUUUGGUACGUCUUUAAAUUUAUUUCAUUUCAACCUUUUCAAGUUUUGUGGCCACAUUGGUGGGAUGGAGGAGGGUGGAAAUGAAGAAUACAAAAAACACUAAAAAUAAAAAUAUGCCUAAUAUAUCUGUACAAAUAUUACAUUUAAUAUGGAAGCAAGUCGUUCUUGUCAAUAUAAUUGUCUUUUUGGUUUGAAUCCAAAGGAAAAAGAUUAAACCUUCGAUGAAUUUCAAAAGUAA